AUGAUCUCGUCCCGUAGAAAAUCGUGUGCCGCAUGUGUGGCUGGCAAGCGGAGGUGCGACCUGGACCUGCCGACGUGUGGUCGCUGUCGCAGGGCGAGGAAGGACUGCGUCUAUCCCUGGAUGGCAAUUGGAAGCGCAGAACAGCUGGGACUGAACUCGUCGCCUGCGGGUAUUAGAGCGGAUGCGAGUACAACACAGGAUCUGGGCCACAUCUGGCAUUCGGGCGGAAGCAGCAGCAGCAGCAGCGGGAGCAGCAGCAGUGGGAGCAGUCAUGGCGGUGCAUAUUUGUCUCCGGGCCCUUCGUCAGCGGUACCCCCACCGCUGGUGCCUUGCUUGCUGUCCCAAUUAGACGAGUACAUGUCCCAGGGCGAGGGCCAGACCGUCUUGUCAUUGGGCCCGUAUUCGGGGCCGGUAGAGCCCGCCCCCUUUGGCCGGGAGUUCUCCACCCCCGAGUUCUUUUACUUUGACAGUUCCAACACUGCUGUGACGACUGGCCACAUCUUCCAGUCGCGGACAGAGUGGGCGGCUAGCCGGUUUGCGAUGCAGCCGCAAAUCCUGGCCAUGACGGGCCAGAACUGCUUCAUCCACCACACGCAGGUGUCGGCAUCCGAGGUGCUGCAGGAAGCCCUCGCCGCAAGCGCGCUGCACUGCAUGAGGAACACGGCCAAUGCAGCGCUCGUGCGAGGCGAGAUUGCCAAGCGAGUCGCCCGCCUCAUUGGCUCCAUCCGGCAUGCCAUCACCUCCGCGUCCGAAAUCGCCGUCGGAGCUGAGCUCGACCUGCUGCCGGUGCUGCAGGCCUUUGUCGUCUACCAGUGCAUCCGCUUCUUCGCGAGGGACGACUUUGAAGAGCGAGUGCGCGCGGAGCGAGACGAAGCCAUUGUGCAGGCGCUGCUGUCGGCCCUGUACCCGCGGCUUCGGUCGUUUUCCAAGACCAUGGACAGCUGGGCGUCCUGGAUCUACUACGAGAGCAUGCGGCGCACCAUCCUCACCGCGGAGAUCCUCUCCGGCACGUACGCUUUCCUGAAGCAGGGCUGGGACCAGGCCGAGGCGCGCACGCUGCAGCUCAAGUUCACGGCGCAGGUUGCGCUCUGGGAGGCCAAGACGGCGGUGGAGUGGGAGGCCAUGUGGGAGCGGGGGCCGAGGCUGCAGGUGACGGUGCGGACGUUUGUUUUGGAUACAAGGGAAGCGUUGCCGGAGGACAUGGAUGAUUUGGGGAUGGUGAUUUGGGGGUUUCAUCAUGGGCUUGACGAGAUGGAGAAUUGGAUGGGCAAGAGGAGGCCUGUGAUGGUGAGAUGGGGGUUGCGGACUGGGGACUGA